AUGUUCGGCCUCACGACAAUCGUAGCUCAGCGAUUGUGUGGCGACUGCGCGGUUUACGAUUUAAACGGGGCGCGUUAUCUUGAGCGUGGUGCGUUUUGUGCGGUGGCGCGACGUGCGCGCGAACUGCCGCGACCGGAGCGACUAAAGCGGCGGAGAGGCAGCGCUGCAUCGCCGCCCCCGCCUCUUCUCUCGAGCGCGACUAGACAGAAAUCCAAUUGCUUAUCGAAACGCACUAGAUACCGAAUCCUCAUGGAGAAGACCGGUCAACUGGAAAACUCGCUACUCAAAGUUAUAUUCUUCGCCAAAAAUUUCGCUACGUCCAAAGGAAGAAAAUGCUGGUCGAAUCUCGUUCAUGAGCAAGGACAAAGAUCCGUACUCCAUGCUUCUACGAAGGAUCAGGGCGUUCGAAAGCAAGGAAAGCCC